GCUUUCUCCCAGACCAGUGGCAUUGACUUUGGGGGUCUAUCCCUGCUUGUUUACUCGCCAGUGGCAUUUGACCUGGGGUUAGACCCGUAUUUAACCCUUUCCUGUAGGUCAAAACCAAAUUGAUUUGGCAAAAAUGAAAUUGGAAAUGAGUCAUGUGUGCAGCAGGUGUCCCUUGCUCAGAAAGCACCACAGGUGGAAGCAUUUUCAGACCUGUUUCUGGGCCAUCUCCAAAGAAGCUUCAGAGGUCAGGAAGGUAAUUCCGAGACAUCCCAUGUGGUCAGGGUCUGGGGAGGAACAUAACAGGUGCCCACUGGGUGCAGUUUUCCCAGCAGGCUGGGAGCCUUUCAAAGAGGUCCAUUUGGAAGAUAAUUUAUUCAUGUAUUCAUGAACAUUUGUCUGGCAUUUUCUGUGAAGUGAUUUACUUCGAAGUUGCCCUAAAUGACUGGAACUUUGCCCUUUCCUCUACCUCCCACCAUCAGCCAAAGACUUUGAUUUGAAAGAUGAAAAAAUAUUGCAUUUUCUCUUUCUUCUUUCUAGAGGAUGAGGAAGAUGAGGAGAUGGUUGAGCCCAAAGUUGGUCAUGAUUCUGAACUGGAAAAUCAAGACAAAAAGCAGGAGACAAAGGAAGCCCCUCCAAGAGAGCUGACGGAAGAAGAAAAACAGCAGAUCCUGCACUCAGAGGAAUUCCUCAUCUUCUUUGACCGAACGAUCCGAGUGAUUGAACGAGCUCUGGCUGAGGACUCUGACAUCUUUUUUGACUACAGCGGCCGAGAGCUGGAGGAGAAAGAUGGGGAUGUACAGGCUGGAGCCAACCUUUCUUUCAACCGUCAGUUCUAUGAUGAGCAUUGGUCUAAGCACCGGGUGGUCACAUGUAUGGACUGGUCUCUCCAGUACCCUGAGCUGAUGGUUGCUUCUUAUAGCAACAAUGAAGAUGCUCCCCAUGAACCAGAUGGAGUGGCCUUGGUUUGGAACAUGAAGUUCAAGAAAACCACACCAGAAUAUGUCUUCCACUGUCAGUCCUCUGUGAUGUCAGUCUGCUUUGCCCGUUUUCAUCCUAAUUUGGUGGUUGGUGGCACCUAUUCAGGCCAGAUUGUCCUCUGGGACAAUCGCAGUCAUCGAAGAACCCCUGUCCAGAGGACCCCCUUGUCAGCCGCUGCACACACACAUCCUGUGUACUGUGUCAAUGUUGUUGGGACCCAGAAUGCUCACAACCUGAUCACUGUCUCUACCGAUGGCAAAAUGUGUUCCUGGAGCCUGGACAUGCUGUCCACCCCACAGGAGAGCAUGGAGCUGGUGUACAACAAGUCCAAGCCUGUGGCUGUUACAGGAAUGGCCUUCCCGACGGGAGAUGUCAACAACUUCGUGGUCGGCAGUGAGGAAGGUACCGUCUACACAGCUUGUCGUCAUGGAAGCAAAGCAGGCAUUGGUGAGGUCUUUGAAGGUCACCAAGGGCCAGUGACAGGCAUUAACUGCCACAUGGCAGUGGGUCCCAUCGACUUUUCUCAUCUGUUUGUCACAUCAUCAUUUGACUGGACUGUCAAACUGUGGACCACAAAGCACAACAAGCCGCUCUACUCCUUUGAAGACAAUGCAGACUAUGUGUACGAUGUCAUGUGGUCCCCCGUGCAUCCCGCGCUCUUUGCCUGCGUGGACGGGAUGGGGCGCUUGGACCUCUGGAACCUCAACAGUGACACCGAGGUGCCAACAGCAAGUGUGGCUAUUGAGGGGGCGUCUGCCCUAAACCGGGUUCGUUGGGCACAAGGUGGUAAGGAAGUUGCGGUAGGCGACUCAGAAGGCCGCAUCUGGAUCUACGAUGUUGGAGAGCUUGCGGUUCCCCACAAUGAUGAAUGGACGCGAUUUGCCCGGACCCUGGUGGAGAUCCGCGCCAAUAGGGCUGACAGCGAGGAGGAAGGUGCCGUUGAGUUAGCUGCCUAAAUGUGAGCCCAGUCUGCCCGCUGUGGCUCCCAUCCUUCCAUUCUAGAACUCAGUCUGCAGCCAAGGCCCCCGUGCAGUGUUUGGUGUCCUUUCCGUAUCGGUGUCCCCGUGGCAACUUGGGUGCCAUAUUGUGCAGUGUUUCCCCGUAUCCUCCCCAUGUACCCUACUCACCCGAAAUCCACCACAGCAUUUCUACCUUUGUGUCCCCGUCUCAAGAAACAAAAUGGGGGAGGGAACCCUUAGGGGUUUAGUUGUUGCCUUUUAACUACUUGGUAGCUGUAUUUAAUAGCUGGAAACCUCUGGUUGAAUUUGUGCUUACAUGUAUUUCUGGCGUAGUCCUAUUAAAUCCAUAUGAAGCCAGAUAUGAUUGGGUGCAGAUGUGGCGUGCCUCGUGAUACGGUGCAGGGCCAAAGACUUGAGAUGUGGUGUUUUACAUGGUGAUUCACAUUAUGAAUGGAUUUACUACAAGAACAUUGCUGCUCCUUAUUUAUUGUAACGUGCUGCAUGGAACAUAUUUAUUUGAAAGCAUUAAAAUAAACGAUCUUAGAGCAUGUGCGUAA